UAUUGCUAUCAAAAUGGCUGACGUCGAUGAGGGAGCUGAGCUGCUCUUUUUUGACACAUUUUCGCAUGAAGAAGUCAGCGACAUUAACUUGGAUCUAGUGCAGUUUCCCAAGCCUGUGUUCAUCACACAAGUACGCAUUAUACCACUAGGAGCGCGAGUGCAAGCUGACUUUCCAGGUGGCGUCCGUUUGGGAGCAACCAACCCCUCCAAGUUCGAUCUGGAGUUCUUUGUCAACGACUUGGGCAUGACAGGCGCCUCAGCUUUUGAGAACUUGGGACAACUACGUUAUAAUCAGAACGACUGCAUACACCUGGACUGCUCGCAAGAGAAGAUACCGACGGAUGGGUUGGUGCUACGUGGCUGGUAUAGCACCAUUACUUUGGCUGUCUAUGGAAUCCUAACCAAUACGGUAACGGAGCCUAUAGCUAGCCCGACUAUGCAAUGUGAGCCUGUGGGUAUGGAAUUGAGCGGUGGCGAGGAUACGCUCAAGGAUGACUGGUCGGAGCCGCUGCCUAAUGAGCUGCUGUCAGGCGCACAUAAGGCAAAUGUUAGCAUCAGCGAUUAUGAGCAUGAUGAUAUUGAAUUGGAAUAUGGCUUGUCCCGGGAGCACUAUCAUGCCCAUCAAGACGAGGAGCAAAGGGAAAUGCGCAGAAUACGACGUUCGACACACUCCACUGAUCACUCCCCUCCUGGUCUGCGUCAGCAUACACACUCAGAGAGCAAAGAUAGAGAUUAUCUUCGCUGCUCAAGGGAUAAACCCAGCCGUGAUUGGUCACGUUCGCCAGACUACCCCAGUCAUCGUUCUCGUCGAAAACGCUCAGAGCGCUCGCGCUCCGAGGCAGAGGAACACAAAUGGCCACGCACGCCCCCAGUGUCCAUAGAUUCACCCACACGUCCGCGCUCUCCUGACAAUAUGGACUAUGACGAUGACGAUUCACGCUCGCAUUACAAGUUAAGCAGCUCGCAUGGCUAUAGACGCUCCUCUGAAUCUCUGCCCCGCGAUCAUGAACCAACGGAACGCGAACGCUCCGAGACACCACAAGAGCAAUUUGAGCCUAUUUUGAGUGAUGAUGAGCUAAUAGGCGCAGGGCCUGAAGAGGAGGCUGAUGCUGCAGACAUAGCAGCAGCCGCAGAGUAUGAGCGUGAGCUUGAAGCAGCAGCCGCCGCAGCUCCUCCUGCUAUAGAAGCAUUCGAGCCGUGGCAUCGCCCACUGCAAAUCUUUGAGGGUGACCUGCAAGCGCUUUACGGCAAGGAACUGGAAACUUUGCGAUUGCUAUUCAAAAAGCUUUCAUUGCAGAUACGUUGGGAUAAUGUGCAAGCCUUCAGUGAAGAGCAUGGUGGCGUGACAGUUGACGAGCGUGAACAGUUUGUUUACCUAGGCGAGCAGCUCAAUAACCAGCUGGCUUAUUUGGCUCAGCACUAUAAGCGACGUAACUUCGUAUUGCACCAAUUCUUCCGCCAGGAUGAAGCCCAUCUGCGACAAGCAGCAAACAUACUUCAGAUUGCGCUAAGCUUUCAGGCGGCAUGCCAGCAACCGCAGCCUGCAUUUAAGAUACGUCACAUCAAACUGGGCGCACGUCUGGCUGAGUUGCUUUGCCAUCAGGAACAACUACUGCAGCAUCUGCUCCAAACGCAAAAGUUUGAUCCAUUUGACGCAGUAUUUAAGCUCUACCAGCAGCCCUAUAUGGCAUUAUCCAUCAAGCUUCAGCUGCUCAAGGCGGUGUACUCAAUGCUGGACUCUAAGCUCGGCCUGAAGCACUUUCUGAGCGCUCAAAACUCUGGCUACAAACUUAUUGUGGAGUGCAUUAAGCAGGCCAAGCUAACUCGCACCAAGUAUGCCUUGCAGGCUAUACUAAAGAAACUACAUCUUUAUGAGUCGCUGGAAAGCGUGCGUAUUUGCUGCUCGCAGCUUUACAUAAAAAAAACGGAUCGAUCGCCUCAAGAAAUCUAUCAGCGGAUUGAGUUUGCUUUUGAAAUGUUGAUGGAUGCACUGCAUCAAAAUCAGCUGAGCUUUCAGCAGCCACGUCGCUUUCUGCCCGUGUCCCAGAAAUUCGAAGUGGUUACAGAUCCGAGCGCUCAGCGCAGUUUUGCCAAUGCCCUCCAGUCAUACUUUUCUCAGCAUGCGCUGGCAGAAUCACUGCUGCUAUUGCUUAGCAAUAGUAAGGAAUUGCCGCCAACAACUUUUUUGUGCACAUUGGAUGUGAUGCACUCGCUGUUGAAAUCUCAUGUGGGCAUAGAUUACUUUGUGGAUGAUGCUUUUGAGGUUACACAACUCAUUCUGGCUAUUUUGCUGGGCUUAGAUGAGGUCCCGCUUUGGCCCAAGCACGAACAUGUGCCGGAGGAGCAGUCGAAAGCUGUUAAAGCGGACGAACCGCUGGAGGGAAACUUAAACACAUCGAAGGAGGUCGACAACAAGCUGGAGUCAACAACCACUGUAGCCCUUGAUGUGGGUGUGCAAACGGAAUCUACGCCUGUUGUUAGCGGCCCAAAUUGUCCACAACAAAAGCGCUUACUACGUCCAGUACUCCCCCGUCUAGCGCUGCUAGCCAUAGAGCUGGCUUACAAGGUACAAACGCGAUAUCAUAUUGACGCCAUUGCCUACGCUGCCGCAUUGUUCGAUUGCGAUCCCAUUAGACUAUCCACGCAUAUGCAUGCCAUCUACUCACAGACCUGCGAUCCGUCGGGGCGUCAGCAUACCGUUGAAGUGCUUGGCUUAAACAACAAUCUCAAGAUCUUUAUGGAUAUCAUCAAACGUGAACAACGCCUGCAGGCCCAGCGUCAGUUAAGCUCGCCUGGCACUAAGUAUAAGAGUCCAGCAUUGAGCUAUGCUGUGGACAUGGUGGAUGCCUGUGUACGUUACUGCGAACAGCUGGAUUACCUAAUAGAGCACGGUGGCGUUAUACUUGAGCUGGCCAAGAAUCAUGAGAACUUUGAGCCCUCUGUAUCAGCUGUGCUGCAGGAGAUGUCCGUUUAUAUGAAACCCUUAGAUGCUAUAAACGUUUUUAUUUAUGAUGACAUAACACCACUAGUAGAGGUUAUCUCAAGAUCCUUGGACUACCUGACCACAUUUCCCGGAGAUCUAAUCAUGGCUUUGCGAAUACUACGCUAUCUGGUGAUCAGCAAGUCGUCAACGCCCGCCGAGGCUAAGCCGCCAAAGCGUCACAGCACUGAGGAACUAAAGCAUCGAUUUGUAGCACUACAGCUGUAUGCCGCGGAUGGUGUACAACUGCUGCUCCAGAUCUUGGAGCGCCUCUGCACCUAUUUUGAGCAGCCGGGAUUGCAUGCUCCCGCCUUAAUGACCAUACAGGGUGUGCAUUGCUGCCAAAUUUUGCUGCCGACGCUACAGAUUUUACGUGAGCUGCUCUCAUAUGCCAUACUGUGUCGUAACGGAAGCUUUAAGGAUCUGACUGCCAUUGAAUAUCUGGUCAAGGUAUUCUUUCUGCUAUAUUAUUACCCAGGCCGUUGCCAGGCCGGCUCAGAGGUGGAGCAGUGCAAACUGGAGGUAGUUCAGACACUGUUGGCCUAUACUCAGCCCCAGGAACUGGAUGAGGAGUUGCUGCACAAGUCCCUUUGGACGCAGAUGAUACGCGAAGUGCUCAAGAAUAUUGAUAGUCCUGCAUAUUUUAUACCAGGUCUGAAACUCUUGGCUGAACUGCUGCCACUGACGCUGCCCAUGCCUCAACCGAUCAGUGCUCAUCUUCAGCAACAGCACAAGCAGCGUCUCAUCACCGAACGCAAGCUCUGGUCCGCUCAUCUUCAUCCUCAAAGUGGACAAAUUGCCAAGCUCGUUGAGGCUCUUGCUCCUUCAAGUUUUCCACAGCUCUCUGAGUUACUCCAGCGCGUGUGCAUGCAGUUAUCUGAUUUGGCGCCUAAUAUGACACUACUCAUAGCCAAGACAAUCAUGGAGCUUCUAUGUCAGGAAUAUCAGAGUGCCAACUGCAUGCCCACCACUAAUCUGGAGCGUUUGUUGCGCUUCUCGACCCGCCUCAGUGCCUUUGCACCACUCAAGAGUUCCAUGCUAUCUAUACUGUCGGGCAAGUUCUGGGAUCUGUUCCAUUCGCUGCUCUCACUCAAUGAGUUCAACGAAGUGGUGUCCAAUUGUCAAGUUGCAGUGCAUCGCAUAUUUGAUAGCUUCUUGGAUUCGGGCAUCUCGCUAAUUUCGCACGAGUCAACCGCACUCCCGGCACUUAACCUGUCUGCCGCGCUGCCGCCUAAGGAACUUAUCCCAAAGGUGAUUGAUGCCAUCUUCAGCAAUUUGACAAGUGUGGAGGUCUCACAUGGCAUCUCCGUACUGGCUGUACGCAAUCUGGUUAUUCUUACCGAGCAUGACUUUACUUUCUAUCACCUAACCCUUCUGCUUAAGCAAAAAAUCAGCGAGUUUCAGGCUUGGAUGGAGCGUGUCAUUCUACAUAAUGAGACCGUGGAGUAUCAUGCCAACAUUGAAUCGCUUAUAUUGCUAUUACGUUCUUUAACCCGAAUCGAACAUCCAUCCGUGAAGACUCCCAUGCCGCUACGCACUCUUAAAUUGGGUGCAGUAGAGCUAGCCCAGCUGCUAGAGUUUCAGGAUGUAGAGCUGGACAAGCCACCGGUGCUGCAACGCAUACUCUAUGUGCUGGAGAAAUUCAAGGCCGUGCGAAAUGAGGCUGCGCUAAUUGAUCUCAAGGAGCUUCUCAUACUUUAUAGUUCCAGGCAUGAGUCAACGGACGCAGUGGCAAGUGGUACAUCUACAGUCAUCAGUGAAACUGGAUGCGAAGUUGAAACCGUUGUCACCAACCCGCUGCAAACUGAACCAUACUUGCCGCAGGCUGAAGGCAUCGUCACACAAUACGAAGCGCGUCCGAUAUUCACGCGGUACUGCGCUACAGCAGAGAACCCACAGCUGACAGCACGCUAUUGGCUGGAGCCGCUACCCAUUGAGGUCAUCGAGGACUUGAACGAGCCGCUGUACGAGCGCAUCGCCUGUGAUCUUACUGAGCUGGCCAACGUGUGCUUAAAUCCAGAUCUCAAUCUUACGGGCGAUUGCAAGCGUGUGCUGCAUCUCUCCGGUUCUCCGCAGUCCAACCGCGAGAUGACGCCGACGGCACCUUGUUUCCGUACCAGACGUGUCGAGGUAGAGCCAGCCACAGGUCGACCGGAGAAGAAAAUGUUUGUUAGCGCCGUGCGCGGACGAGGGUUUGCUAGACCGCCGCCUUCUCGUGGCGAUCUGUUUCGUUCGAGGCCACCGAAUACAUCGCGUCCACCUUCGCUACAUGUGGAUGACUUUCUUGCACUGGAGACUUGUGGUGCUCAGCCAACUGGCCCUACGGGAUACAAUAAGAUUCCAUCCAUGUUGCGUGGCUCACGUGUUGGACGCAAUCGUGGCUCCAGAAUCUCUGCAGCGGCGGCUUACAGGCAAAAAAAACUGUUGCGCAUUGGCUCCCCAUCUAGCUGGUCAGAAUCAUCUGGCGCACCAUAUCGUUCCAGUGCUGCAGAUUCACACUUCACCAGCAGCGAUCCUCAUUAUAGCUCACCCCACUACAGCGGACGUUCGCGUGGGCGUGGCAUUCGCUCUAGGCCUCCAUAUUUGCGUUAAUAUUUAGCAUUUAUUUUCUA